AUGAAAUCACUCAUUUUGAACAUCAUUUCAGUAACUUUAGCUAUCACAUCAACUGCGGCCAGUGCGCCAGUGGAAAGCAUUUUUGCUAACCAACCUGAUUCAUCACUCACUGAUACUAAUGAUGGUGUCGGCGUUGGCAUGUCUACAAUCAAAGAAGAAGAUUUUGGCAAACAUUUUGUUGAAAACCAAAUUCUUGAUGAGGCCGUAAUCAUGUCAUUGAAGUUAAGAAAGGGAGUAAACUUGUUUUUUCUAGAUGACAUCGGAUUAGCUACCGAGCUUAUAGGUAACAAGAUAGCACAGAUUGAGGCUAUUGAUUUGUCAGAAAGACUGGCACAAAGUUGGACAAACAUCAGGAAGAACCGCCUAUUUGGCAAGAGAGAAGCAGAAGCAGAGGCAGAAGCAGAAGCGUUCAGAUGGAGGAACAACGAGAAGAACCAACCAUUUGGCAAGCGAGAAGCCGAAGCAGAAGCCGAAGCAGGAAGCAGAAGCAGAAGCGUUCAGAUGGAGGAACAACGAGAAGAACCAACCAUUUGGCAAGCGAGAAGCCGAAGCCGAAGCAGAAGCAGAAGCGUUCAGAUGGAGGAACAACGAGAAGAACCAACCAUUUGGCAAGAGAGAAGCAGACGCAGAAGCAGAAGCAGAAGCAGAAGCGUUCAGAUGGAGGAACAACGAGAAGAACCAACCAUUUGGCAAGAGAGAGGCUUCCAUUGA